AUGAUUGUGCGGGCCGGCUACCGUCACGUCAUCACGUACCGUACUCCAGCCAGCUGGUUAAGAUUCGCGCAUGUGCGGUCGGCCCUUGUUUUACAUAAGAGUUUCCUGCACUGUCUGAACGUGUUCACGAAACAAGAGGCAUCGACAUGCGUGGAGAAGGAAGAAGUUAAAGUAGAAGUAGAGAGGUUCAUAGAUCUAGCGAGGCAGAUGGAGGCUUUCUUCUUGCAGAAGAGAUUUUUGCUGUCCGCAAUGAAGCCAGAACUAAUUGUGAAAGAAGAUAAUAACGACUUGAAGUUCGAGCUACAGCGCAAAGAAGAUUUGCUUAGGCGACACUACGAUAAGAUAAGCCAAUGGCAGAAUCUCUUAGCUGAUCUUCAGGGCCACACUGUUUACAAUAAAUGCCAGCAGCCGACAGCGCCGCAGCCGAUGCAACAAGCUGCGUCGCCGAUGCAGCAACCGUGCAGCGUGCAGCAGAGUGUGCAGGCGCAGCAAAUGGCUGCAGCGGCAGCGGCACAACAAGCUGCUCUACAGCAGCAGGCUUUGCAGCAACAGCAGGUACCGCGGCCCCCCCUUCCGCCCGCUUACCCCAAUACGGUGCAGAGGCGAUAG